GCUUGACUUUCGCGAAGAAAGCAAAGUGUAUGUCAGAAUUAACUCUUUUGACAAAGCGUAAAAUGACAUUGCAUAAUCCUAAGAGACGUGAACGAACUCAUACAAGAGCAUACAUCAAACUUUUCCCGAAAAUAUUUUCGACUUGUUGUUUUAUUUUGAGUGUUUGAAUUGAUGCUGUAUUAAUUUCUCAUAGUCUUAAAAAUAUUGCAAUAUAAUUCAAAGUAUUAUAUAAUAAAUAGUUCAUAACAGUAUAACACAACAAAAUACCAAAUAGUGGCAUCUCUAUUCGCGCGCAUCAUUUUAUAAAUUCGAAAUGUACCGACAUAGUUUAAUUUUCUAUGAAAAUUAAAACAAGGGAGAAUUCAAAAAAUCUAUUUUCUAUUUAAUUCAUAAAAUGAAUCGUUUAAUUAUUAAUGAAAAUAUGCUACAAGAUUUGGAGUAUCGACGUUGCACCUGGUGGAGCAGCUUUUUAGAAAAAAUGGCUGAAUGUGACGAUGGAGAAGUUUACGAUGUGAAUUCACUUAAUAAACAAUUUGACGACGAUUCCUCCAAUGAUGAUGCAGAUGAAGCAGAGGAAGUGAAAGAUCUGGAGGAUAUCGAAUAUCACAAUCUAAUGAACCAAUCAACAGAGCAAGAAAAGACUACUUUUAUAAUGGAAUCAGAGGAAAUUCAAGACAUUUUAAAUUCAACACGUCCCAUAUUAAAGGAGCAUGACUUAAAAUUAAAGAAAUCCGGUCUGGAAAAAGUUAUGAAUACAUUCGAUUCUGUACGUAUUAUAAAAGAAGUUGGUGGAUGGAUGCGCCAACAGCAUACUGCUAAAGCUGAGAUGCAAUCUACUUCUGAUACUGACUCAUCAUUGUCUUGUGAAGACGAUCGUUAUAUACGAUCUGUACAGAAGUGCCACCACAUGCGAAAACCUAAAUAUAAGCAGUGUUUCAAAAAGUGUAAAAAUUAUCAAACAUCUUGCUGCAAACAUGAAAUUUCGGUUGAACCAAAACCGCUCAGGUUACAUAAUUGCAGUUGCAAAUAUCAAUUAAAUUCAAUUAGUUCUCCCAAAUAUUGGAAAAUGUUAAGCACUGAAGCACCAGAAAUUAUAGACAAACGACAGGGACAGUCAACUUUUUUUUCUGAAAAUAAACAUAAAAAGCGUUAUGUUACACGGGAGGACAAUUCUAGUUCGGCUUCCGAUAUCCAAGAUAACCGUUUAUUGAAGCGAGAUAUGCACACCGUGAGAAAAUCCGAAGAAAAAUUUGGAGAAUGUUUACCACAAAAAGAAAAAAGAAAUCGAUUGAUGUCCAUGAUAGAAAAUGUGUACGAAACUCCAACAAAAUCCAAAGCCUUAAAAAGUAGUAUUCCCAAUACUGCACCAUCUAAGAUCACUACUAAACGCAGGGCUGCCGAGAAGGCAUUAUCACAAUUGACCGCAAAAAAAACAGAAAAUUUAAAACGAAUCAAAUCAAAACGUGUCGCUAAAUCACAAAAAAAUGAAAAAAGUUCUUCAGAAUAUAACACAACAUUCGAAAACGAUAUUAAAAUAGCUAAAGCACUAUCUUUAAAAAGCCUCAAACCAAACGCCGACGAAUACGAGUCAUCCAAACCGCAACCAAGAACAUCGGAAUGCACAAAUAAGAACUUUUUAAAGUUAGCUAGAAGUUUUAAAAAUAAGGAAGUAAACGAAUGCAUGUCAACUGCUAAAACAACAAGGAAAGCAGAGAGAAAAAAUAAAACUCAAUCCAAAUCUUUACAGAAACAAAAUUGUUUGAAAAAAUUCGAUGCAAAACCCGAUGAUGCGAAAGAGAACACUUUUCUUCUCUAUUCGGAAAAUAUUUGCAAUUCAACUGCGCUUAAUACUGCUGCUGCUCGCAAGCAACUCCCAAGCCGCGUGUCAGCUAUAAAAGAAAAUUUAGAGUACUCGACUACUGCAUCGCCGUGGAUAGAAAAUGAACAGCAUACUUUGCGUAAGAAACCCACUAGCCAUCUGCCAGCUAUUGAAGAAAGUUCAACAAGUUCUUCAGAAGCAACUCCUAAGAUAAAGACACAAUCUAAAAAUGCUUUCAGUUCAACAGCAGGACCUGGUGCUGCAGUUGGUAGAGAGUUAAUUAUAUCCUCCCCGCAUGUAGAAGAACAAGUUACACCUUCCAAAGCAACUUCUAAAGUAGUGGCGCGUCAUGCCGUUACCGAACCACGCCGUAAACAAAGGCGGAGCAUGAAGAAUAAUAAAACAAUGGACUAUCGUUCCAACAUUUCCACUACUACACUUCGAAGCGCUGUAAAAGCAAAAUCAAAUCGAAUAAUGCUAUAUACUCCGCAACAUAAAGCGCUUUCAAUGGAUGGCAAUUUUAAAGUAACUAAAGAACUUAUGAGCAGUGUUGUUGGAGAAAAGCAUACACGCAGAUUUUUUAAGUACCAUAUUGGGCGACUUAUAUUCCCCAAAACUUCCACAAUAUAUUAUUGUCCACCUGAGACCGAGCUUUCGAGUUCAGAAAGCGAUGAAGAUCCACUGCAAAAGGCUGGAUGUUGCGGUGAACUGUAUGAAUCUGAACAACAGGACGAUGGCAACGUAGUCUAACGUCAGUUUACCACAUUUUUAUAUUAAAUUUCGUUUACUCAAAAUAUUGUUUUCUUUUUUUGCCAUAAAAACUCUAGCCUUUUCAAUGUGUGAAAGUAUUAAAAGUGCUACUCGCUUACAAAUAAUUAAUUUGCAAUUU